AUGAUUGAUGGGAAGGUUUGUGGUGUUCUUAAUAAUACAUCGAGCCAAACGUGCUUUAUAUGCAAAACAACAAUAUCUCAUUUAAACGACAUUGAAACAUUGAUAAACAUGGAAGUUGAUCCGGAAUCAUUGAGUUAUGGGUUUUCCAUACUACAUGCGCAUAUUAGAUUUAUGGAAUUAGUGCUUCAUAUAAGUUACCGUUUAGUUUUGGAAGAAAAUGCAACGUGGAGGUCAGUUUUGUCUGUGAUCUCGUACGACCAGCAUCAUGCCGAAAGGGAGCAGAACAAACCGAGUUCGUGCAGUCUUCGAGACGAGCUGGGUAUAUUAGUCGAUAUUGUUUUACAAGGUGCUGGUAACACAAACGAUGGUAACACCGCUAGAAAAUUCUUCAAGAACUUUAAGAUAGUUUCCAAUUUAACUGGAUUUGAUGAAGAUCUACUUCAAAGGUUCCAUGUUAUUCUUGUAGUGAUAUCGUCUGGAUAUAAAAUAAAUACUGAGGAAUUUCAAAACUAUUGUGAAGACACAGCUAAAAUGUAUGUUACAUUGUAUAACUUCUACUACAUGCCCCCCUCUGUACACGUUAUCUUAUUACAUGGUUGGAAAAUUAUGGAUAGACUUAUUCUACCGAUCGGAUAUUUUUCAGAAGAAGCUUUAGAGAAUGAAAGAGAUGCCCAGAACCGUAUUGCGUUCUGUCAAUUCUUGCUGAAUGAAAUAUAUGCUGAUCCAGGCUUUAUGGAUCGAAUUCUCUGGACUGACGAAUCAACAUACGUACGGAAGGGAAUGUUUAAUCAGCACAAUGAGCAUCAGUGGGCUCAUGAAAAUCCGCAUGUGGCUCGGGAAGGUCUAUAA